UUGAAUGUUACAGUAGCAUGAAGAGCAUAUAUAGACUCUAUUACUAAAAUCAUAAGUAUAGGCUUAUAUAGCCAGGGAACACCAUGGAACUCAUGGACACUUCAGACAUACCAUGGAGCUGGUACUACUUGGCAGACUGUGGACAGUGGCACAGAUUUGAGGAUGAUCCUGACAAUCCCCUACUUAGCCAAGAUAUUGAAAACUAUUAUUUACAAUAUUUUUCAUUUGUCUCACAUCAUUCAAGGAUUGAUUUUACAGCUAUGUUACAAACUGACAUAAAAACAGGAAGACAAAGACGAAUCCAGCGCAGUUAUAAUGUAGAAAAAAGCUGCUCCUGCUUCUCUGCAGCUCCUGUGUUCUGGGAAAUGAUUGAUGCCUCUUGCCCAUACCAAUUAAUUCCUUUAAAGACAUUCGCUGCUGAGUAUCUAACUGUGGCAAAUUAUGUAAAGAGAGAUGGUUUGCUGGACAAACACAUUGUUUCAAUUUUUAGGAUCCAAAAUCAGGAUUUGUGGGAAUUUUUCUGCAGAAAGAAAAAGCAGUUGAUGAGGAUUCACAGUGUCAAAGAAAUUGAGGAGAGGCGACUCUUUCAUGGGACCAAGAAGAGCAAUGUUGACUCCAUUUGCAAGUACAACUUUGACAUAAGUCUAGCCGGACACCAUGGGCAUCUAUUUGGAAAAGGAAUCUACUUUGCAAAACAUGCAACAUAUGCUGACAAAUACAGUCCCAGCAGCACAGAAGCAUUGCCUCUGUAUGGGAAGAAAACAGCAAGUGUACAGGAUCAACCAACCAAGGUGAUAUUUUUGGCACGGGUGCUGGUUGGAAAAUCCUCUCAGGGACAGAAACUCUUAACCAAACCUGAUCAAGAUGCUCAGAAGCGCUCUCACGACAGCUGUGUGGAUGAUACAAACUCUCCCAGAAUAUAUGUGAUUUUUGACUCUAAUCAAAUAUAUCCGGAGUAUUUAAUUCAAUAUAGAUGACACGUGCUGGUGCUGAUGAAGCACUAUUCACUCUAAAAUACAUAUUUUUUAAAUAAUGUUUUAAUUGUUACAUAACAAUAUAUCCUAGAUUUUAUAAUAAAUAAUAUUUUCUUUUGGAUAACAUACAAGUUAUAUGUAGGCUCACUGUAUUAUGAUGACAGAAACAAAUGAAGCAAGCUAUUAACACCCAAAGUCUCCCUAACAUCUGUGCCUCAUCUCACUGUAUUUCUUAUACUGAGCUUCACAACUAAUGUUCUCACAUUUUUCUAACAUGGAAAUGCUUGUUCUUCUACAAGUUAACGAGCCUCUACAUGUCAAAACAGAAAGAAAAGUUUGCGCUUUGUCAAGGCUUGGUUGGCUCACAGUUGUUUAGGUCUGAAUGAGGACAAAACUGAGGUCAUUGUGUUUGGUAAAACUGACCCUCUCAUUGACUUGGGCCCAAUCAAACAGCACGUAAAAUUGUCAAUAGUGAUGCCAGGGUUGGUGAUAGACCGAGACUUUGAAUUUGACAAACAAGUAAACGCGGUUGUCAAAUCUGGCUUUUAACAUUUGUGACUUUAACCAAAGUUAAUCAAUUUUUAUCUUUUAAAUCAUUUGAACAAAUCAUGCACACUUUUAUCUCAUCUCAGACUACUGUAAUGAAGUUUUUCUGGCAUGCACUCCUGCUUACAGUUUAUCCAAAAUUCUGCUGCACAUCUUCUAACAGAAAACAAAAAACAUGAGCAUAUUACCCUGAUUUUAGCGCAUUUGAACUGGCUUCAUUUUAGAGUUGUUUUAAAGAUUGAUUCGUUUGUUUUUGAAGCCCUGAAUGGACCAGCCCCACAAUCCAUCUCGGACCUCAUCCAAAUUUACACCCCCGUAAAACCAGAGCCCUCUCUGUGGCCGGCGACAAUCUCCGGACACUACGCUCCUCAGACGUCUGAAUAGCCCCCACAAUGGAGUGUUUUAAGUCUUGUCUUAAGACCCACUUUUAUGCCUGGGUUUGGAUUUGAUUUGGAUUUGUUGCACAGUAUAAAUGUAAAUCUACAAGGCAAUACUAAGUCAAGUUUGGAAGCAAGCUCUUGUUUAUUUCUAUUUUUCUAUUGACCUGAGCACCUUUUCCACCCAAAUCACGUGCCUCCAAGUAGUGAUUCACAAAAUUAUUUGCCAUGGGUUUUACACCAGAAUGAGAAGAAUGACACAAAAGUACACUGAUAUGGAACUCCAAAUAAAAUAUGACAAAUAAGACAAAAUAAUUCAUGCUCAACAUAUUCCAUAACCAGUAUACAUCAACACUACAGGCAACUGUGUAAAGUGUCUUGCCAAAGUGACAACAAGAGUAUGCACUGGCCCAAAACUGGGUUAACUGUCAGCCUUUGGAUUGGAAGGCCAACAACGAAGCCACUGCAACCCAGUGAUUUGUGGGCAUUUAGAUAAAUGAGGGUCAAUGCAAAUGUAUAUAAUACACAUUGUAUAGGCCGUAUCAAACAAGGAAGAAGUGAAUUAAUUCUAAAUACAGGAAGGCUGUCUGAACAUAUAUAUAUGCCAUUAACAUGCCACUCCAUGCCAUGUGAAAGCUCAAAACCUCUAGAAUUCACGCACUGAUCCGCAGAGGUUGCACUAGCAGAGAGAUCCCUUUUAGGUUUCAACCAACAGAAUGUCAUUGAAAUGGCCAUCCCAAAUGAGAGAUUCAUGUGAGGCUCUUUAAAAAUA